AUGGGAAGAUCACCGUGUUGCGAUCAAGACAAAGGAGUGAAGAAAGGACCGUGGACGCCGGAAGAAGAUGAUAAGCUUACCUCUUAUAUAAAUGAGAACGGUUACGGGAAUUGGCGUUCGCUUCCUAAGCUCGCUGGACUUAACCGAUGCGGCAAAAGCUGUCGGCUCCGGUGGAUGAAUUAUCUCCGGCCUGAUAUCCGGCGAGGCGAGUUCUCCGAUGAAGAAGAGAGUACUAUCGUUAAACUACACGCCCUUCUUGGCAACAAAUGGUCGAAGAUUGCGAGUCAUCUUCCAGGAAGAACUGAUAACGAAAUCAAAAACUAUUGGAACACUCAUAUGAGGAAGAAGUUGUUGCAAAUGGGGAUUGAUCCAAUCACGCAUGAGCCAAGAACCAACAAUCUUAGCCUCGAUGUGUCUCAAAUGCUUGCGGCGGCAAUUGGCAAUGGCCAAUUUGGUAACAGUAACAUCUUCAACAACAACUCUGCUUUGGAAGAUCUACUUAAACUGCAAUUGAUCCAUAAAAUGCUUCAAAUCAUAACCCCCAACGCCAUACCAAACAUCAAUAGGUUCAAUACCAAUUCAUUAAACCCUAAACUAGAGCCGGUAGUCAAUAGCUUCAAUACCAAUUCAGUGACUCCUAAACCGGAGCCGGCUGCUGGACAGUUCAUAAACCAAACUGCAAACGAAGAUUUCAUGCCAUCGUUUGAAAUUGUUUGGGAUUGUUUUGAAGAUAACCAGCUUCCUGGUUUGGUUACGGUUUCUCAGGAGAAUCUAAAUUCAGCAAAGCCGGGUACUAGUACCACCACUGAGGUAGAUGAUCAAACCGGAGCCGGUAUGAUGCCAAGUUAUUAUGGUGAUCAAAUCCCAUCGAUUGGUUCGGUAUCGGUUUCUCCUGAGACAUCCGGUUUAAACCAUCCUGGUACGGGUCAACACUCAUCCGGUUCAGAUGUCCUAGAGGACUGGGAGAAGUUCCUUGAUGAUGAAGCAAGCGAUUCUUGCUGGAAAAGUUUCUUAGACUUAACGUCGCCUACAUCGUCACCCGGCCCGUGGUAG